AUCCACUACUACUUCCCACUCUUCUCGCCCUCCACAACAAAACAUCCACAAACAUCUCUCAAAUAUCUUCAUAUAUCCAUUACUGAUUUUCUCCUCCCUCUUUAUCCUCUCUUCCCCACUCUGAUCGCUCCCCAAAAACCCACAAAAAAUUAAAUCCUAUAUUCAGGAGCUUAUAUUAUAUAACUACGUGCGCUUUCAGUUCAUUCAUUUGCACAUACUUUAUUUUAUUUCUUUGUUUGGGAAUAAUUUUUUCUUUAAAAAAAAAAAAAUGUGCAAGCUGACACAACCUCCAUUGCUCUGCAAUCUCGCGGAUGAUUCAGACCAACAUUAUGUUCUUCCAAUCAAAGUGCUCCCAACAGAGUCAUCCGACAUGCUGACUACUCCUCUGAUCCCCAAAUCUCCAACAACCCAAAAUUUCACAACCCACAAAAAAACAAACCAUCUCUCACUAAUCUGGGAAGAAGCCUUGUCCAUAGCUAAUGUAGCUUUUCCCAUGAUACUCACCGGCCUUCUACUUUACUCCCGUUCCAUGAUCUCCAUGCUCUUCCUCGGCCGGUUAGGCGACUUAGCCUUAGCCGGCGGCUCGCUCGCCCUCGGUUUCGCUAACAUCUCCGGUUACUCCAUCUUAUCCGGCUUGGCCAUGGGGAUGGAGCCCAUCUGCGGCCAAGCUUUUGGAGCCAAACGCUACACUCUCCUCGGUCUUUCCUUACAAAGAACCGUACUCUUACUCAUGCUGACUUCCAUUCCAAUAUCCAUUUUGUGGGUUAACAUGAAAACGAUCCUACUUUUCUUCGGACAAAAUGAAGCCAUUGCGGAACAAGCUCAAUCCUAUCUCUUCUACUCUCUUCCCGACCUCUUUGCGCAAUCUGUGCUUCACCCAUUGCGGAUUUACCUCAGAACACAAUCCAUUACUUUACCUCUCACAUUCUGUGCAGCAAUUUCCAUCGUUUUACACAUCCCAAUAAAUUAUCUUCUGGUUACGAAACUCGGUUUAGGAAUCAAAGGCAUCGCGCUUAGUGGGGUCUGGACUAAUUUUAACCUCGUAGCUUCAUUAAUAAUCUACAUAUUAGUUUCCAAGGUUUACCAGAAAACCUGGGGAGGACUAAAUAAAGAAUGCCUCAAAGGCUGGAAAUCAUUGCUGAAUCUCUCCAUUCCAAGCUGUGUUUCCGUGUGCUUAGAAUGGUGGUGGUAUGAAAUCAUGAUUUUGCUUUGUGGGCUAUUGUUAAAUCCCAAAGCCACGGUGGCUUCCAUGGGGAUUUUGAUUCAGACGACUUCUUUGAUUUAUAUAUUCCCUUCUUCCCUAAGCUUCAGCGUAUCGACAAGAGUAGGGAACGAAUUGGGUGCUAAACAGCCAGCUAAGGCUAAGCUUGCGGCCAUUGUUGGACUUUUGUGCAGCUUUGGUUUGGGAUUUACGGCAUUGCUGUUUGCGGUCAGCGUGAGGCAGAGUUGGGCUAAAUUGUUCACCCAUGACCCACAAAUCCUGGCAUUGACUUCCCUCGUUCUGCCCAUUAUUGGGCUUUGCGAGCUCGGCAACUGCCCGCAGACCACCGGCUGCGGCGUUUUACGGGGGACGGCGCGGCCCAAGGUGGGGGCGCGCAUCAACUUGGGGUGCUUCUAUCUGGUCGGAACCCCGGUGGCGGUGUGGCUGGGGUUCUACGCUGGUUUUGAUUUCGAAGGGCUUUGGAUUGGGCUUUUGGCAGCCCAGGCCUCUUGUAUGAUCGCCAUGCUGAUUGUUCUGUUUCGGACGAAUUGGGAGUUUGAAGCCCAGAGAGCGGAAGAGCUAACCACAACUGGGGCCGCUAAUGCGCAGGAAAUUGAGGAAGAUACUCACUGUGCACAAAACAAGGAAAGUUCUUUAUUAUUAUUAUUAUGUUAAUUUUUGUUUAACUUAUACUAGUACUAAUUAAAUUAGUCUUAGUUUGCUAGCUAAGGGAUUAGUUAGUUAUUAGUAUAUAGUCUCCCUAAUCCCCCCCCACUAAGUUAAUUAUUGAUCUCUUCGAUUUUUAAUUUUUCCUCCCCUAAGGGGGCGAUGAUAUUGUAGUAGAAGCAAUUAAAAUAUUCUUUCGUUGAUGUAACUAAAAAGGGGGCCAACCAAAGGUUCUAGAG